AAGACUCCAGUUAGUGCUGGUUUUGUUUCCGAAACACACCUCUUAAGUACAUCUAAAGGAUACUUCAAUAACAGUAUGCCAUCUUCUCCUACACACGGAGGAGCUGUAUCGCUCGAAGGCGUUCCCACAGCAUUAUCGCUCGACACCGCUCCCAGUUCUACUAAAGGCAGUUCGAAGGACCGCAGCGCGACGAGUGCGAAGAUUCCAGCAUGUGCCCAGUGUAAACGUCGUGCGACGACACAUGCGAAGUGUCGCAGAGGAUGCAAUCUAGAAGUGUACUACUGCUCCAUUGGAUGUCAAACGAAAGAUUGGCCUAAACAUAAAUUCGUCUGCAAAAGUGCGGAAGCAGAGUUAUGCUAGCAAAGAUGAUGAUGAUCGCCGAAUAGUGUGGCUUUGUACGGAUUUCCAGAGAGAGGGAGAGGAGGAAAAGGAUGAAAAAGGAAAACUGACACUCGCUUCGCGAUAGCGGUCCUCGUUAGAAGUUCAUAGCUACGAUCACCCUGGAAGUGGAAAGAAAUGAUCGGUGACUGAAGUAUUCCUUGCAUCCCAUGUUCCGUCAUCAUCUCGUCCUCCUGCCGCCCUCUCUCCCCCUGGCGUCCCCUCUUUCUCGAGAGAGAGAGAAAGCCCCAUCAUCUCCCUCUAACACCAGAAGCCGCCCUGAAGCAGAAGCAGUUGGCAGCACGCCGUGAACGCAAGAUGAGAAUGGAAAAAUUUAGGAUGUGUAAGGCGUGUGGCAAUCCGAAUUGCUGGAAGGCACAGAUGUACGAAAGGAUGGUAGCGGAGGAAAUGGAAGAAUUAGUAGCUUAUGAGGUUAGUAGUUAAAUGCUGGAGGUACGAGAUUGAGGUGGACUCAGAUGAAGAGGUUAUCCAUCAUGGCUGUCCUCAUCAUAAAUUGAUAUUUCUUUGAGAAUACAAGUCUUACAGAUGCUUCAAACUGCUUGAGCAGUCUCAAAUGUAUUGAAUUCUGUUUGGAAAUCAGAGCUCGAGAGAAGAUUGUAGACUCAAGACUGAGACAUAACCGUGCACAGAAAUUUUUGGACAGAUAAAAAACAGAGAAUCUGAUGUACAGAUUGACAAACUACAUGGGCGAUGAUGCACAGAACCUGUUGGGAAAUUGUAAAAAUAACUUGAUAUUAGAGAAUCUGCUCUCGCCAAUCUCAAAUGUAUCUAUGUGCAGUGGGUUACUCGGAAGAGUCUCUCUUAUAGUGGUGUUUUGGACCUCGCACGAAUGAUUUUGCUCGCUCGGUGUAAAUAGGUCUGCGACGCGCGUGUCUCCUCGUCUGAAAAAUGG